ACAUUAUCUUUUUUACUUUAUUAAAUUCCCAUCGCUGCUAUCUCCAUUAUUUCAGAUGUCAUAUAAUUCUAAAUGUCCAGUAACUAUCAGGAGGACAGUUGUGUCUGGUGCAGGGACGUGUGCUGGUUUCUAUCACGGUGGCUCCACAGCAGCAGAAACGUAUUAAAGUACAAGCAGCCUCAGAGUGGGGGGGUGAGGUUCCUGUGAAGAAGGAAACUGACCCAGGAAGCAGAAGAGCACCAACACCUCCCUCUCUCAUGUUGAUAAGAGAUGUGCUCCACUGAUCCUCCACCUGUCUUGAAGUGUGUUUGAGUGGAGCUGCUGGAUGGGACCAUGGGGCUCUCUCUGCUCCGUGUGCUCUCCUUAUUCUUGCUGAAUACACUCCUCUCCUGUGGACUCACUGAAUAUGCUGAGCUGACCUUUGAACCCAACUCAACCACUCUAUAUUCUGGGGAGCACGUUGAUCUCACGUGUCACAUGAGAGAAGCAAAUGUCAGUGAGUGGUAUUAUGAGUUCAAGUGGAACGACAAACCACUGGUCCCCAUCACUCCCAGUAACGUCCUCAGGAUUCCAGAGCUAACGCCCGACAGGAACGGGGAUUAUCAGUGCAUCGCUCACCACAACAGAUCAGAAGAGAGCAAACAGAGCAACAGGGCCACUCUCUCUGUGUCAGCACACAGACCCAGAGCCACAGUGAGAGCAUCCAGGACGUCCAUCCCAGUGGGCGGCUCUCUGACUCUGACCUGUUCUGUGGAGGAGUCUGCUGGUUGGAGCUACGACUGGUUCACACGUUCCCCAGACGCUGAGGAAACCGCCAUCGCAACAAAUCCUGAGCACAACUCUCUGAGCAUCUCACAGGGAGGCAGCUACUGGUGCAGGGGAAGAAGGACUCACUCAGAUUUCUUCUCAGAGAAGAGUCACGUGCAUCACAUCGACAGAACCUUGUCCAACAGAAGCUUUGUCGUGCUGCAACACAACUGGACUCAGAUAUUCAGCGGUGAGACGAUCUCUGUCCGGUGUGAGAUCCAGGGAGGAGGAGACACCCAGUGGGAAUAUGAAUGGAGGACAACAAGCUCCCACCAACCAGUCACUGGUCCAAACACAGCUCCCACACACAGUGAAUACAGGCUGGGCCCUGCCUCUGUUUUCCACAGUGGAGAGUACUGGUGUAAGGCCAGAGCGGACUGGUAUUCCUCAACAGAGUGGAGUGAGGCCUUCCAGCUGAGAGUAACACCCGAUAAACCCAGACCCAGGCUGACUGCUGAUAACACAACCAUCACAGGAAAGGGAAGCGUAGCACUGACCUGCUCUGUGGAGAACGCAGCUGAGUGGAGAUACGACUGGUUCAGAAGAACCUCAGCCUCCUCUGCAGCUCAGAUCCUAAGAUAUAAUGAAACAGAUGAUGAACUCAGCAUCUCAGAGGAAGGCAUCUACAGCUGCAGAGGACGGAGAGGAGACACAAGCUUCCUCACAGAGGACAGCAACCGAGUCUCAAUAGAGAACAGAGUUUCCCACAAGACCUCUGUGGUCCUGCAACCUGACUGGUCUCUGGUCUUCAGUGGUGAGAGGAUCACUGUCCGGUGUGAGCUCCCUGCAGAUGAACAGACUGAGUGGGAGUAUGAAUGGACCAAUCACACAGAUGAACAGACUGAGUGGGAGUAUGAAUGGACCAAACCCAACUCAACUACGGCUCCAACACACAAUGAACACAGGAUUGUCAAUGUGUCCUCGUCCGACAGUGGAAGCUACAGGUGUUUGGCUAAAGACAAGAAGAACUUGAAUUCCACGACCGAGUGGAGCGAUGACGUCACAUUAACAGUUUCUGAAAGACCAGCGGCUCACCUGAGUGCUGACCACAGAGCCUUUCCAGUAGGGGGCAGUGUGCUCCUGACCUGCUCCGUGGGCCCAGCAUCACCUGGAUGGAAGUAUUACUGGUUCAGAGGUGAGAAAACCUCGGAGCCCCUGACGGAUGAGGACUUCAAGUCACAUGGACAAAGUGCUAGUGCCUCACGUGAAGGACUGUACUGGUGCAGAGGAGGAAGAGGAGAUCCAGUUUACUACACCCAGUACAGUCACCCAGUCAGGAUUCAUGGAAUCGUCCACAACACAGCUGCUGUGAUUCUUCAACCCAACUGGCCGAGGAGAUACAGAGGAGAAGCCUUCACCCUGAGGUGUGAGAUCCAGGGAGGAGACUCUGAGUGGGAGUAUGAAUGGACAGCAACCAGCUCACAGGCACCCCCCAACACAAAGGAGUUCAGGAUCAGUCUGGGAUCAGAUCUGAGCGGCAGCUACUGGUGUCAGGGCCGACUGAAAGGUGCACGGCAGAACUCAACAGGAUGGAGUGCUCCACUCACGUUGUCUGACGCGGCUGCACCACCACCUGUCCUCACUGUGUCUCCAUCAUGGCUGACUCCUGGAGCCUCAGGGACUCUCACCUGUGGGGGGGUUCCACAUCCCACUGCAGGAUGGAGGUUCUACUGGUACAGAGCGGACACCAUUAGUUUGGAUCCAGUCCCCAUGUGUCCCUGGUCAUCUCGAUACACGUGGAGUGAUAUGCACACUCCUAAGUUCGGUUAUGAGCUGCUCCCAGGAAGCGACGGAGGAACUGAACAAAACUCCUUCAUCAUCCAAGACCUGACGGAGUCAGCAGGUUAUUCAUGUCGAGCUGGAAGAGGAGACCCCGUGUUUUACACUGAGUACAGUAACACAACGUGGGUGUGGCCUGUAGAUUCCUAUUCGUCAGUGUCUCUCACAGUGAAGCCGGACUCAGUGCAGCACUUCUUCUAUGAAAGCAUCCGUCUGACCUGCGAGGGAAACUCUGAUGAACUGAGAUUGUGGGUGUUAACUGGAGACAGAGUAGAAUUGUUAGAGUGCGAGUCUCAGGAGACAAGCUUCACAUGGAACAUGGAAAAUCUUUUUCCUGGAGUUGUCUGGUGUGGAUCUGGAUCAGAGAUCAGCAACGCAGUCAACAUCUCUACAGUUCAAGGUCGUGUUAUCCUGGAGAGCCCUGUCCGUCCUGUGACUGAGGGACAGUCCGUUACUCUCAGCUGCUUAUGGUACAGAAGAACAAACCUCGAUUCCAACAUCUCUUUCUACAAAAAUGAUGAACUCCUCCAAAGUGAUGUCAGAGGGAAACUGGAAAUCUCAGCUGUGUCAAAGUCAGAUGAAGGUUUCUACAAGUGUGAACGUUCAGGAGUCUUCUCACCAGAGAGUUGGAUGUCAGUAACAUAUUCAGAUCGUGUUAUCCUGGAGAGCCCUGUCCGUCCUGUGACUGAGGGACAGUCCGUUACUCUCAGCUGCUCAUGGUUCGGAAGAAAACUCGAUUCCAGUUUCUCUUUCUACAAAAAUGAUGAACUCCUCCAAAGUGAUGUCAGAGGGAAACUGGAAAUCUCAGCUGUGUCAAAGUCAGAUGAAGGUUUCUACAAGUGUGAACAUUCAGGAGUCUUCUCACCAGAGAGUUGGAUGUCAGUAACAUCACCUCCCUCUGCGUCUCCUGUGCCGCUGGUCCUUGGGCUGGUUGGAGGCUUCACACUGAUUCUCCUCCUCUCACUGCUGCUGUUGUUUUGGUGCAGGAAUUCAAAGAAUCUGUGUUGUGACAGGCUCAGCCAGUCUCUGAGAACCAAUCAGAGCUCAGACCCAACUGUCCACUACGAUGAAGUCCAGCUGCCAGUGUACUCGUCUCUUCUCCACGGUGACGACUGCAUCUAUGAAUCAAUCAGAGGAGACACGGAGGAAGGAACCCGAGGUGAUCCAGAGGAGACGUCUGACUACGUUAAUGAAAAUCCACAUUCAGCUUCAGGAGGACUAUGAAUGGUGCAUCCUCCAGAAAACAAGAGCAUGAAAAUCAACAUUCAUCCAUAAACACCUUCACAUGUUAGACUCACCAGUUUUAAAACAUCUCAUUGGAAAGAACGACUUGAUCUGGAUUGAAUUUCAGUAUAAAUGAAAAAAGAAAUGCUGUGAUAUUUGCUUUUGUGUUUACGUUCAAUAUUUCAAUUGGCUGAUAUGGGCCUUUUAAGAUAUGCUCCGUUAUGAAAAGGUUUAUUUUACAGGAUGAACAAUGUGCAUUAUGAUUAUAUUUUACAUUUAACUUUUUUUGUCUUUAUUCAAGAUCUAUAUAUUCUGUCAUAUUUGUGUUUUCUUUCAAUUUAUCUUUAUUUCUUUAUGAAAUAUUUUUUUACUUCAGCUUUAUUGCCAAUUUCAUACACAAGUGAUGUUUUUUGCUCCUUGAUAUCAGUAUCUGCAUUGGCCCCUAAAAAAAGUUUAUUCUGUAUAUUUUUGCCGCAGUCAUGCAAAAAAAGUUUGAAUACAACCUGUGAUGUUUUCCAUUCAUACGUAUAUAUAUAUAUAAAUAUGUCUUUGUUAUUAUUCACCAAGGACUCAAUGGAGGACGAUGUCAGAAAGGACAUCGUCAAUCUGUGUGUUAUGAUCCAUAUACAGUCUGUGGUUAUGAUCCAUAUACAGUCUGUGUGUUAUGUUCCAUAUACAGUCUGUGUGUUAUAUUCCAUUUACAGUCUGUGGUUAUGUUCCAUAUACAGUCUGUGGUUAUGUUCCAUAUACAGUCUGUGGUUAUGUUCCAUAUACAGUCUGUGGUUAUGUUCCAUAUACAGUCUGUGGUUAUGUUCCAUAUACAGUCUGUGGUUAUGUUCCAUAUACAGUCUGUGGUUAUGUUCCAUAUACAGUGUGUGGUUAUGUUCCAUAUACAGUCUGUGUGUUAUGUGUGAUUAUUUCCAUGGCUCGUAAUUCUCUGUUUGAUGAAAACACUCGUCUGCAGACAGUUUAGCUUUUUGUUUUGAAAUGUGAUGAACUGUAACAGAUUAUAAUUCAAAUACAUAAUUUGAUGUGUUCUUUCUUUUAUCUUUAUUAAACUUUGAAAUCCCA